UCCCUGGGAGUGGUGGCGGUUGUUUCAACAUGGCGGCAGCAGCAACAAAAAGUGGAAAUUCGGGGAUAUUUUGGAUGAAUGGUGUAUCAGACGACGAGCAGCCUUUGGCGUUUGUUCCUGGUGUGGACGGGGAGGUGAAGACUCAGACUCCUUUUAGGAAAAGAGAUACAAAGAUGCCAGCCAGGCCUAGCUCUGACUGCAAGAAUGGAGACACACUUAAGAAAGGUGGCAAGAAACAAGGCCACCUUCGAAGUGAGUGCUCUGGGGUUGUUACUAAGGAAAAGGUGUCAGUUCGUCAGCCUGCUACUGCUGUGGCUACAGAGCACAUCCCUUCUCCAACCAAUGGAUCCUUUCUGUCCUCGACACAGAAAUUUUCUGUACAGGUAAUCUCUGAGACUAGCAGAGCAAAGGGCCUGGUGUGUUUGAAAGACCUCUGUCCUGAGGAUAAGCGCCGGAUUGCUAACCUUAUUGAAGAACUAGCCAGAGUGAGCGAGGAAAAGGAAGUGUCAGUGCAGCGUCUGAAAGAUGAACAGGAAACUUUUGAGCGCAAAAUCCAGCAGCUGGAGCAACAAAACCUGAUCAUUGCACAGGAGAGAGAGAGUCUGCAACAGCAGUACAGAGAAUGCCAGGAGCUUCUCAGGCUCUACCAACAAUAUCUUUCUCAGCAACAGGCAAAGCUAAACCAGUCCAUUGCCCAGCUCAGCCAGGCACAAGCACAUAGCAAGGUGCUCAGCAGCGAGGAAGCCCCCAGCAGAGCUAAUGGCUCACGCUUUGAUGGCUCAUACCUCGGCUUUGCCACUGCUCGAGCACAACAGCCUCAAGUAUCAAGGAGUAGUGGCGGAGGAAAGGGGCCUGUACAGAUCUUAAGCAAUGCUGAGUCUCUUUCAUCUGUUAGUGAGUUUAGCCCAACCGAUGGGCCGAUUAAACAGCAACGGAGUCAGAAAAGGCAGUGCAGAGAGCCGCAACUCAGAUGUGAGCACUGCCAAGACAGCAGCAAUGUAACACAGCAGAGGAGCACUGAUGAUGGCUCUCAUCUCAGCAGUGACCCCAACCAACUUGAGAGUGAAAGGCAUCAAAGUGGGAAUGCCAUCAGUUCAGAGGCCAAUGAAGCCCUGGCCAGGCCUCAGUUGGGUCUCAAAGACUGGGAGGAGAAGAGACACCAGCUGCUCCUGCAGAAGAUGCAGUUGGAGACGGAGAGAGAGAGGCUGCAUGCUCGACUGGCUGAGCAGGAGGAGAGACUCCAAAGGCAGAAUCAGCAGCUACACCAGUCGCGUCUCGAUUACAGCAGGUUUAAGCAAGCUACAAAAUCGGAUCUCAGCAGCUCUAGCUCUAGACAUGCAGAUCCACAGUUGGCAGGUCUCUCUCACCAGGAUUUACCCUCCAGCGUUCAUGAAGAGCCACAGGUACAACCUGGAGGACAGAGUUUGCAUGCUCUGGACAAUGACAAUGAGGCCUCAGAGUGGUCUAAAAAGGACAUGGCUACAUCUCCUGUGAAGUCCCCUGUGAGCCUGAGCAAGCCCACUCCAGUGUCUGUGAUCCAGACGACCCCUGAGGCCAGGCUCGACUUUUCUGUGGUUGAACUGUUGGAUAUCUUUUCUCCGGUCUCCACAUCUGAGCUAAAUAAGCCAUCUACUAGAAGACCCAAAACCAGGCAGCGUAGGCCAGACCUCCCUGCCCCCAAACCAGUGGGCAGAACUCUGCAUACUCCUGUUGGACCGUAUCCUCAGCAUGCCCAGCAGGACUUGGAAGAAAGCCAGAUACUUGAGGAUAUUUUCUUCAUCUGCUGAUGAAGUAUCAGGACAAAAACCUGUCACUGACUUUUUCAUGGUCUUACAUAAAAUUUUCUAUUGACAUUAUGAUCAUGAAGACAAUAGUCUUAUUUUGUGGUUUUAAUAGAAAUAAAAAGUAUUUAU